AUGUCAAGGCAGCCUAACGAUUUCGCCAAGAUCGUACUAAUUCUUGGGUCAUUUGUCGGUGUCGACGGCAUUCUCGGCUUAUCGGAGAACUCAAGAUAUGCGUUCCAUCCCCCCGCCGACGAUGCCUGGAAGGGCGGCCAAACGCAGGAACUCAAGCCACCCUUUCUCUGCCUAGUAUUCGGAGAACACCUGUUCGAUCCGCUAGGAUGGGUCGUCGGCUCUGACGGCGAUUCCGACAAAUGCGAUCUUCAGGUCGCUGAAACCAACCAGACAGGUAUCAGCAGGCGGCUCCUAAGAGUCGACAUCAGUCCCGUCACUCACAACCCGAGGAUCACGGUUUUGUCUAGCAGGACGAUUCGCUUACGAGAUGGCGAGAAUGUUUUGAUUUGCAGGACUGGUGAACCAACUGAGUUUUCUCGUCCCGUUACCAUCGACCUCGGAGCGGUUACGUUUCGCGCGUGGUGCCCGAACCGGACCGCGAUCGAGAAGAUGGGCUAUCGGAGGUGGGCUAAGGAGUUCAGCCAGGACAUCCUAGGCGCCGUGCCCAAGUACAUUCCCUCCAUCCAGAGUCAGCCGGAGACUGCGACGCACAACAUCCGCUGCGGGAAGCAUGGUGCGGUCUAUGUAAACGAGUGGGGAGGUGGCGGCAGAGGGAUGUCUGCUUCGGUUAUGAUGGUGAAAGAAAUAAGGACUGGAAAGAUUUUCGGUGCUAAAGAGCCGUACUACAAAACCAACGACGAUCACGAUGCCGCUCGGAAGCGAUGGGAGGCUCUGCGAAGGGAGUAUGAGUACAUCAUACAGCUUGGCCAUCCACAUAUUGUAAAAGCCUACGACCUGGUCGCCGCCGAGGAUGCAAAUUGUCCGCCAUGGAUGAUCGUCGAAUACAUACCUUUGAACCUCUCCGAAACUCUUGACGAUCUCGACGAACACGGCCGGAUCACAGCGAUGGUUCACCUCUCCAGCGCCCUAGACUUCAUGCAUGCGCGCGGCAUCACCCAUCGGGACGUGAAACCGGACAACGUACUCGUCAUCCGAGAUGGGGUCCUUACCAUCAAACUCGCCGACUUCGGCACCUCGAAGCGCAACGCGAUAGGGAAGAUGGACACCUUUACUGGAACAGAAAUUUACAUGGCUCCCGAAUUGUUCGCGAACCCCCGAAGUUAUACCAACAAAAUCGACUUGUGGUCUCUCGGUCUUAUUGAGAUGCAGCUCUUCUCGUCUUGGAACUCGCUGUUAGACGAGGAAUGGAACCCAAGCAACUUCAGACGUUGGAUACUCGAAAAGAUUUGUCCGCACAUGGAAGAGGUACCAGAGAGGCUGCAGCCAUUGCUGAAGGGGCUCCUUCUCAAGAGCCGUCAUAAGAGAUGGCGCGCCCGAGACUGCUCAGUGUUUCUCUGGAAGCAUACAGAGGCCAGUGACGUCGAUACGGCUAACGAAAGCGCCGCCAUCAGCAAGAAACGGCCGGCAUCGGCACUGUGCGACGAUAGCUUCGAGGCAGACGAAAGACACACGUCGACAGCGGACGACAACCUCAGCACAGAAGAUUCCAGCCGGUAUGUGCGGAGUGCGAAUCCUUCACUCUCGACGGCGCGCGCGCGAGCAUCUCCGGGGCCGGCGUCGUCAGCGCCAACGCCUCAUGCGGAUGAUGGAUACUCUGAUGACAGAGACAGCGAGGCCGAGGAGGGCGGUUGGGAUGGCCACGACGUCAAGUUCGAAGAUGACUGGAGGGAGGACGAGGACGAAGAAUGA